GGCUAAAGGUAUUGUCUGCUGUGAACCCGCCUAUAGGAAAAAAACAUCGCUUACAGAAUCACUAAUCAAGGAUGGAAAUCUCAAGCCUGAUCCACUGGAUGUGGUUGUAUUCAAAACUUCCCUGUCCGAUAUUCAAAGCACAUCGAAAUACUCACCAGAUUUCACCCCACCCUCGGUCUUUGUGUCUCGUCUUGAAACAGACAGAAGCUGUAGUCACAGAAAAACUAGUGAAUCAUCUCAUGAACGUGAUGUUCAGGGAUGGACAAAAACAGUUAUUUGUGAGGGCUCAACAGAGGAGCAUGAAGAAAAUGUGGUAACUCCAACCCCAGAAAACAUGUCUGAGUUGUCAUCAAGGUACAUGACUAAUCCAGAUGCUGAAAUGGCUUCAAGAGAGCAUGAUUUCACCCUUUCAAGGUCAUCCCGAACAGAUGCAGGUCAGUCUGACUUUUCACGGAAAAGGGAUAUUGAAUUGAGUCAGUCAAGUUUGAGUCGCGCACAAGAAUGGGUCAAUAAAUCACCUAUACCUCAACAAAGAAGGUUUGUUAAAUCGAAGAGUCUGAUUGAUGCCUCCUCCUCCUCUUCAUUAUCUCUUUCUUCGCCUGCUGACUCAGAGCUGUCAUCUUCCCUAACAACUGAUUUAAUGAAAGGUGCCGUAGUUAGAGAGGGUGGUGGUCACUGGCCAUAUCUUGGAACUUCUGCAUUAGUCAGUUAUUACCAAACCAAUCCACCUCUUCCUGAUGAUGUGAAUGAAGUUAACAUGAAGAAAGUGUAUGAUGGUACUGGUCGGACUAGCAGGCACCAGUCACUGCACAUUUCAUCCAUUCCACACUUGACAUCUUUGCCACACAACAUCAUAUCUUCAGACCGAGAGGUCAUGCCAGAGCAGCAGUCAGCUGUAUCAGGGUCUCCCUCCUCCAUCAGAAAAUCAAAACUUCAGGGGUUGAUUUUACGGGUGGAUGCUGCAGGUAUCAGCUCUUGCUCAUCACAACCAUGUGUACAGCAGUCAGGCAGUGAUCAUACUUUAGCAGAUCACCAGACUGGGAAAGCUCCGACAGUUCUUAUAUCAACCCAGCAUCCAAAAGUUGGUGUCUUCACUGAUAAACCGGUUCAACCUAUGUCUCCUGUCUCAGCAACACACUCACUUGUGCCGUUGUCAUCAUCAUCAUUAACGUCGUCAGCAGCAUCAUUGACAGCUAAACCACCAACUUCUUUAAUAUCCCAGCACCUCAACAAAAUGAUGAAUGUAACUAAACUAUCCCAGUAUAAUUCCAAAACGGCACCUUCAACUUUGAGUACCUCAUAUCACUUGCCAACGUCCUCACUGAAAUCACCUCGUAGUUACCCGUCUAGUUCCCCAACCAGAUUGCCACUCUCACCGUUUCCAGCUUCUACAACCGCCAGUCUCCGCCACCAGGUGAGCUCGCCGACUCCAUCCUCACCGUCUGCUGACAGAUACUCACUGUGUGGGCGCAGUGACUCGGUAACAUCUGGCAGUCAUAGGUCAGCAUUUCUGAAACCUCCUUCAGAUAGCUCUGACACUGAGAGUAUUGCUAGCACUGGACCCAUGCUGGAUGAUGAUCAAGUUGAACUGAUCAACAUGGAUUUCACUGAGCAAAGCAUUGCAGCUGAAUGCCAAGAGGACAAGGAUUUUAGCAUUGUUCACAGUGAUUUAGGCCCACUCAGCAGAGGCCAUUGGUCUCGCAUGAGUUUGCCACCGCGACUGAGCUAUUUGGACGGCUUUAUAGAGCGUGCUAGGCUCUAUACCGGUACCUGCAAGAACCAGGCCACGGAAGACUUUGAUGAUCAACUGUCGAGGGAAAAUAUUGAUAAUAAGCCUGGCAGUGGUUCAGCUGGUUCCUCUGUGGCUGCCUGCGGAGAUGUAGAAGACAAUAUUGAAGAUUUCAGAGAUGUGUAUGGUGAUACUGAGGAGAAUAUUAUCAAUGACAACAAUGUGACCUGUGUUUGUAGCUCGCUGGAAAACAACAUGCCACAGCAGCCAGCAGAAGAUGUGUCUCAGCUUGUCACUGCAAACAAAGCAGGCAGUAUUGAAAUUCAUCUCAAAGAUGUUGAUGAUGAUGAUCCCUGUCAGGAAGACACAAUUACAGGUUUUGAAUUUGUAGAGAAACCUGUUGAUCAGACAGAGAGUAGUAGUGUCAUCACUGAAACUGAAAAUCUGGAACAUUUUCAUCUUCAAGAUGAAGUUGCUGAAGAGUUGCAUACAGUCAUCUUGCAUGAUUAG